AGCUUGCUUAGUGAAAAUUUUUAGUCUAAUCCGACCCGAGUUGUGCUCGCUUCUGCCCCUUUAAACCGAUUAAAUUGUCUUAAAAUUAACACGUCUCCCAUUCACGGUUUCUCUCACAGCUGUGGCCAUGGUUGUCGUGUGAAAACGGAUCGGUGUGACUCGGACUGGAAGGACGGACAGUGCCAAAGAAAAGAGCAAAAAGAGAGAGAGAGAGCCUGUUUUCAGGUGUCAGCUGGUUAAGCGUGUGUGGGUGUGUGAGAGGGUGUGUGUGAGAGAGUGUGUGUGUGUGUGUGUGUGCGUGCAGGCACGUGUGUUUUCCCAGCCCAGUCAGUAUUUGGAGCGGAGAGUGUGGCCUGAACACAUCACAGAGGGACAAUGAGCGAGCUGGAACAGUUGCGGCAGGAAGCCGAGCAACUACGCAAUCAGAUCCGGGAUGCGAGGAAAGCCUGCAGUGACUCCACUCUGUCACAGAUCACAGCUGGUCUGGACUCAGUGGGCCGGAUACAGAUGCGAACGCGACGCACUCUCAGGGGCCACCUGGCCAAGAUCUAUGCAAUGCACUGGGGGAGCGACUCCAGGUUACUUGUCAGUGCCUCGCAAGAUGGAAAACUAAUCAUCUGGGACAGUUACACAACAAAUAAGUCUGGAGACACCACCUGUGCAUUGUGGGACAUAGAGACAGGCCAGCAGGCCACCACCUUUACUGGCCACACAGGGGACGUAAUGAGUUUGUCUCUAAGCCCGGACUAUAAGACCUUUGUGUCAGGAGCCUGUGACGCCACCUCCAAGCUGUGGGACAUCCGUGAUGGCAUGUGCAGGCAGUCCUUCACCGGCCACGUGUCCGACAUAAACGCCGUCACCUUUUUCCCCAAUGGGAAUGCCUUUGGCACAGGCUCAGAUGACGCCACCUGCAGGCUGUUUGACCUGCGUGCUGACCAGGAGCUGAUGAUGUACAGCCACGACAACAUCAUCUGCGGCAUCACCUCUGUGGCUUUCUCCAAGAGCGGCCGACUGCUCCUGGCCGGCUACGAUGACUUUAACUGCAACGUCUGGGACACUCUGAAAGGCGAACGUGCAGGUGUGCUAGCGGGCCACGACAACAGAGUGAGCUGCUUAGGGGUGACAGAAGACGGCAUGGCUGUGGCCACCGGCUCCUGGGACAGUUUCCUCCGGAUCUGGAACUAAAACAAACCUCUUCCCUGUUGUACUCAAUCACUGCCUGCCAACUUCCUCCCCACAACCCCACCCUACAUAUCCCAACUCAUCUGCUGGGCUGGACCUGCGGGGUGCACACCGUGUCUGCCGAAAUCCUCUUAAGUCACCCCCAGUUCUCCUCUCUGCUGGCGACCUGCCCACCUGUGAGAAAGUACCAACUCUUUCUACCUUUCCAAGUGACGUUUUUUUCACCCAGCUAUUACACAGAAACAAAAAUAAGAAACCUUUCAGUAGAGUUGUCCAAUCAUAAAUAAAAGAGAUGAGUUAUGAGAAACUGAAGGAAAAAAAAAAUAGAAGAUUUCGCCCUUAAACCAAUUCUCUAAAAGGCGAUGAAGAACGUCUAUAACCAUGACUAACAAGCAAGAUGAGCGUUGAUGUGUAAUAUGUAAAUGUAUAUAUAAAGACAGUAUAUAUGUAUAGCAUUAUGUGUGUAUAUAUGCAUCAUAUAUGCAUAUAUAAUGUGUAUGUAUAUAUUUUUGUAGUUAAUUUCCCACCCUUGCGAUUUUUAUUUUAUUUUUAUUUUUUUUUAUGAUUUGGGUGUUUUAUGUUUUAUUUCAAAUGUACAUAUUCACAUUACUGCACAGCAUAAUGCCAGAAACACUUAUUUUAUCCUGUGUAAGUACCAGAGUCAGUGUCAGACACUUAUGACACAGCAACGUAUCGUAAAAAGUAAAGAUUUCUGGUACUUGCUGAUUCAGUCAAGCCUACUCAUCUAGCAACAAAAGAGGAUAUAGCAAGUAAACAGAUCAAUUAGAAAAAAUAUAAUUUGCCCUAGUUUUAACUCACUUUCCUCAUUUUUUGUGUUCAGUGUGCGUGUGUGUGUAUUAUGGUUACAGGCAGUGGGCAUAACUCAUGCGUCCUGUAUCUACAAAUGUUGCAUUCAUGUGAAUGAUGGCUAUGAUGGUAUAUUCUUUUUCUUUUAAUAACACGACCCCUGGCAUUCCUCACCACAGUCUUUUUCAAAAAGCAACGUUUUUAAGUAUUAUUAUUUUUUGUCUGGAUUCAGCUUUAGCUCCAAAGUAGAAACCAGUGAAUUUUAGCCUAAGAUUGAAAAACGUUAUUUUCCUGGAGGCCCUGCCUUGGCCUCUUUCUCACAUGGAUUGUGGUUUCAAAUCAUCCGCAUGCUGAAUAUCUGAAGACCACAUCCAUUCCAUGCAAAUCAACAGAUGUGUGAUGUGUUCGAUAACCCCAAUAAUGGUCCUAAACAGAGGUUUUGCAUCAUAAUAUGCCCGUCUCCUGUGGCCUAUAGAAACUACACUUUUCCUUAAAGUCGAGAUGAGCAUCUCAAGUUGCCCGUACAAAUGAUGCUGAUGGAGAAGAGGGAUACGUUCUCCCCAAGCAGAAGCUGUUUUCUACCGGUGCUGAGGCCUGCAUGGACAAAUGGUAGAGCGGGCGGUCGUUAUGAGGAUAUUAAAGGACCAUAAAGGCAGCGGUGACAUCUCAGCAGCCUCUGAGGACUAGAGAAAAGAUGAAAGAGCGAAAGAUGUCUGUCAGAGCUCUCCAUGUCAUUUUUUUCUCUUUUUUUUUUUUCCUAAAUGAAGGAUCAAGAAGUCCUUUUUGUCGUCAGCAAGGUGUGAAAUGAGUGACUGCAUGGAACUGAAAUCAUGUUUGCCACUCAAAAAUCACACCAGUGCCACCACAAGCCUGUAAAAAAAGAAAAAAACAGAAAAAAAGAGAUUUUUUUUUUUAAGGGUUUAACACUUUCAGCAAUUUCUUUCCUCACCAAAAACAUGUUAUGAACCGUUAAAUAUUGCUAGUGAAGAAAGUACACUUGGUAGACAGAAAUGUACACUUAGUAGAGAGCUAGAAAUGCACUCACAAGCUGUAGUACAAACGUAGACCAUCGAGCACAUGUGACUUAUUUACCCAUAGAAGUGGUUAUCUCUGAUUUUGAGUAUUUUCACGCAACUUCCAUUAUUUUGGUUCCUCCUAAAGGCUUAAUUAAAAAAAACAGCUAAAACACAUGUAUGUGAGUUGGACCUAUCCAUCAGCUGUCUCAGGUGCCUAUCUCUAAAUAGAAACAUUUGACCCACACGGGCUAGAUAAAGGAGGGUUUGUGCUCCUGUGAGAUGUGGCACUAUUGUGUCUCCAUUCUGCCUUACAAUACCAUUCAUAAUAGAAGGUAAUACUAGCAUCGACUACAGUAAUGUUUUCCUCUUACUAUUCCUUUUUACACACUGAUCAAUAAGAAAGAUUGCUAAUUAUUUUUCUUUUUUCUCGAUAGAAGCACAUUCUGAUACUAGUGAACACUAAAAAGCAUGCUUACAGAAAAAACCCCACCAUGGCCACAUGCAGCUCCAUACUGCUUCUUAAAGCAAGUGUUUUACAUCACUUUUUAUACAACUCUGCUUUCUACUACUACCGUACAGUUUGUAGUAUUUAUUUAGGUUCAAUCAGCUAUCAAUGAAACCCCUCUUUGGCAUACCGUGAUUCUAGUGACCUUUUUUUUUUUUUU